AUGUUGUCAGAUGACCAAAUCACCAAGGAAUAUGUUAAAAGUGUUGUCAACUCAGUGCAGGUAAUAUUAUUCCGUAUAUAUAAGCAGUUUCUAGAAUGAAUGCAAAAAGAUGCCUCUUCAUGAUCCGUCCGAAGGUCCAAACCGAGACCUCGUUGCUCAAAAUUUGAAUCAAAUCAAAAAAUUAAAAGGGAAUCAUGACAAAAGGACAUCUCUGGAUCAAGGGUAAAUUGUGCAUGAGAUUAACUUUAUUUUUUUAGGACCUCGGAUGGUCAUGCCGUUUGCCAGGAAUUAAGGACAAAAGAAAAAAUAUUGAACUCAAAGUUGAAAAAGAGUAAGUAAACAGCUGAGCCGUUUUAUAUUCUUAGCCUUGGCGAGACUGGAGAAGGUGAAGAUGGUAAAAACGGCGAUGAUUGAAGAACUGUUCGCUACAGCCGGGGGAUUGGAUACUAGUUCUUUUAUGGAUUUUCAAGACAAAUACGUUAUCAAUGAAGAAGAAGUAUCCGCAAAGCUCGAAGAGACGGUUAGCCGGAUCGAAGUCAAAGAAAAGGAGGUUGGUCCUUCUAGUAUUGUAUAGUGAUUGUGGUUUACAAGGAACAGCACCAAAUGCGACGGUCAGAUUUUCUUGAAAUUUUACAACUACUUCGGACACAAGCCGUAUAUCGCUUCCUAUUUUAGCUCGCGCUUUGCAAAGACAUCCUGGAUAUUCAAUCAUCAACGGUCUUUGCGACCGAGAGAGUACGCGGAAAGCGGUUAGUGGAAAAAACACUUUUCAAUUAAUUUUCGGCCGUAAAAUGUCGGUUUUUUCUGCAAAGCGCGGAGUUAAGAGUUUCGCAUGUCUUGGAAAAAAUUACUUUAAAUUUAUCCCAAGUUUCAUCAAAAUCUAAACGUCGCAUUUGGGAAUAAUUCCCCGUUUAGUUUGAAAGAGCCAUGCAAGGAGUAAGAAAGGAUUACAACAUGUACGUCGAAGUCAAGAAGAAGAUUGAAGGUUUACCUGAAAUUGGUGAGAUGUGUUUGCAUUUAUGUUAUCGUUCAGGUGAUCUCACUACCGGAAUUAAGACGCUCGAGGAGAAGAUUCGAAAGUUCGAUGUGAAUGGAGAUUGGACGACUGAUACUCUGAUUAGCGACCAUGGUGACAUGAAUGCUUCCCAUUAUGUCGAAUAA